UAAGUUCAGCAAAUAUAAUUUUGUUUCAGUAAAAAUAAAGUGAAGUAAUCAACGGGGCCUAAUUGUUAUGAAAUAUUUGUGGAUACCAAUAAUUUGAAACACGUAAUAAGUACUUCGUAAUAAAUAUAAAAACAAUAAAAAAAACAAUAAUAUGCUACACUCAAUUGUACGAAGAAUAAAAUGUGUCGACUUUUAAAUCAUGCUAAUUACCACAAUAAAAAAAAGCCACGUGUAAAACCAAAAUAGACUAACUAUCACCAAAAAUUAACCAACCAUAAACCUUGUUGACGUUUAAAUCAUUCAUAAACUUUCUCUGUUUUUCUAUUUAAAUAUCAAAUAAAUCUGCCACCAUUUUUCUCAUUCCCCCAAAAACAGAGACAACAGCUGAGUCUAGUUAUUUCAGGAGAUAAAGACUUCGCCGGAGAUUCAACAUUCCGGUGACACCUCGCCGGGAAACGUGAAUAACUCCGGCGAAAACUCCGAUCAGAUUCGAAACAUCGAGAUUAAAUGAGUCGCAGAGCAGUCAACGGAGGGGAGAAAAUCGAACGAGGUAAAACGACCACGACAACAACAACGACGACAAUGAGGAUGAGGAUAAGGGAGAAAAGGGUGGAGAAGAGAUUGGUGAAGUACGAGGAAUUGCCAGAGUAUUUGAAAGAUAAUGAAUAUAUAUUGGAUUAUUAUCGUUGUGAAUGGCCUUUGAAAGAUACAUUUCUUAGUGUUUUUUGUUGGCAUAAUGAAACGCUCAAUAUUUGGACGCAUUUGGGAGGGUUUUUGAUAUUUGCGGCGAUGGCGUUGGCAAGCUUGAUGGAGGGUGCCAAGGGUGGCGGACCUGUUUCUAGUUUUUUCAGGACUACUAUUAUCGCGACACCAUUAAUGACCAUGUUAACGAUGGAUGGGAACAAUAGCUCAAAUAAUGCGAGUCCGGGUGAAAAUUAUAGGCACUUCUCAGAGUCCUCACUGUUGGACACUGGCACAGGAGGAGCAGAACUCGUACCGAUGUGGCCUUGGUUUCUUUUCCUAGCAGGUGCAAUGUGUUGCUUGGUUUUCAGCUCAGUCUCUCAUCUCCUAGCCUGCCAUUCUAACCACUUGAGCCGCUUCUUCUGGCGCCUAGACUACGCAGGAAUCUCAAUCAUGAUAGUUUGUUCUUACUAUGCUCCAGUGUACUACUCUUUCUAUUGCCAUCCUUUGUCUAGCCUUCUCUAUCUCACUUCCAUCACCAUUCUCGGUGUUCUUGCAAUCAUCACCCUUCUCACUCCCGCUCUUUCCUCUCCUGAUUUUCGUGUUUUUAGAGUCUCCCUUUUCCUUGGCAUGGGAUUCACAGGGUUCAUCCCUGCUGUUCAUGCAGCUGCACUCUUUUGGGAUCAUCCACAUGUGUUAGUAGCCCUCGGGUAUGAGAUUCUUAUGGGUAUUUUAUAUGCAAUCGGAGUUUGGUUCUAUGUCAAUCGCGUUCCUGAACGUUGGAAACCAGGAUUCUUUGAUCUUGCCGGCCACAGUCAUCAGAUCUUUCAUGUAUUCGUUGUCGGUGGGGCUCUCACUCACAGUGCAGCCAUUAUGGUUAUUCUGCACUGGAGACAGGGCAUGCCUACCUGUUUUUAGUUUCAGACAGCUGAUAACAUACAACAGUAGCAGAGAAUUCAGUUGUUUGGAUCGGAAUCAUAAACCUGCAGCAGAAGGAAAUGUAUCAAUUGUUACUCAAGUUUGUAUAUUUAAGGCAGAGAAUUGAAAGAAAUGUCAAAAGAAGCUAGCAUCAUUCUCACCUGGUAUAUAAGCUUAUUCUUCUCAGAAACCAUAUCAUGUUGUGUAAUUGGUUGAUUGACGUUGUCUUGAAGAGAUGAUGAUAGAUGCAUCUGUUUCAAGAAACAUCACUUGCAUCACUUAGUUGUAGGUUGCAACUAAUGGGCUUCGUAUUUUUUGGUGUAUGCAUAAUGUAAUAUAUUGAGCUCAAUUUGAGCAUAUAUUUGUGAAUGCAAAAAGCGCUUUGUACAA